UCGGCUGCAUGCUUACUUGCACGUUGCAUCCCACCGGUACAUAUAAACGGGAGGACCGCAGUAUAAAUUUCACAAUGUUUUCUGAAUUGCGUGAUGUGAUAUCAUCUCAUCUUUCAUUUUAUUAGAAUUCGGUUAAGUGUGUUUGUAUUAAUUAUAUUGUGAUAAAAAACAAUUAACAUGGACGUACCAGCAAAAGGAAAUAUAUUGGGGCGUUUUGUACCAGCCCGGUAUAUCCUCGCUAUCCUGGGCUCUAUAGGGAUGGCCAUAGUUUACGGGCUCAAGGUCAAUCUAUCGGUGGCUAUGGUGGGCAUGUUGAAUCAUACCGCGAUCAAAUCUAUAGAACACCAUAACACGGAAUUCAAUUCUACCGUCUCUGAUGUCGAAUGCCUGCCGGCUAAGAAUGACACACAUGGAGAGGAAGCCGACGGUCCAUUUACUUGGUCAUCUGAAGUUCAGGGUAUUGUUCUCAGUUGCUACUUCUGGGGCUACUUCAUCUCUCAAAUUCCUGGUGGUCGCAUCGCGGAGUUAUUUUCCGCUAAAUGGGUGAUGUUCUUCAGUGUUGCAAUCAACGUCGUGUGCACGCUGCUGACUCCUGUCAUGGCAGAGUUGCACUACCUGGCCGCCGUGGUGAUGAGAGUGGGCGAGGGUAUCGGAGGGGGCGUGACGUUCCCUGCGAUGCACGUGUUGCUGUCUCGCUGGGCGCCGCCCGCUGAGCGGUCGUUGCUGUCGGCUCUGGUCUACGCUGGCACGAGCCUGGGCACCGUCGCGUCUAUGCUGCUCGCCGGUUUACUCACCGCAACCGCUGGUUGGGAGAGCGUAUUCUACGUGAUGGGCGGUCUGUCCGUACUGUGGUGCGGUUUGUGGGUGACGUUAGUGGCGGACGAUCCCAGAACACAGAGACUCAUCAGUUUAGAGGAGAGAGAGAUGAUUGUUAACUCUCUGGGGAGGAAAACUGCCAGCGCUGAACGAAAGAAGCUGCCUGUACCGUGGAGGUCGGUUGUGACAUCAGGUCCGUUCCUCUCCAUCCUGGUGUCGCACACGUGUUCCAACUGGGGCUGGUACAUGCUGCUCAUUGAACUGCCGUUUUAUAUGAAGCAGAUAUUGAAGUUCAACAUGACCGAGAACGCUGUAACCACAGCUCUGCCGUUUCUCUCGCUGUGGUUCUUCAGUAUGGCGCUGAGCAGGACAUUGGACUGGUUGCGGGCUAAAGGCAGUAUUACAACAACCACUGCUCGGAAGAUAGGGACUUUGUUUGCAUCAGCGGUGCCAGCUGUAUGUUUGUUCUGUCUCUGUUUCGUUGGUUGUAACCGGUCAUUGGCGGUGGCACUCACAACGGUCGGCGUCACCUCAAUCGGUGGAAUGUUCUGCGGAUUUCUCUCUAACCAUAUCGACAUCGCCCCUAACUUCGCCGGUACGCUAAUGGCAAUAACCAACACGGUCGCAACGAUCCCCGGUAUAGUCGUGCCAGUUUUCGUCGGGGUUUUGACACAUGGGAACCAAACAAUAUCAGCGUGGAGGAUUAUAUUUUUUGUGACGAUAGCGUUGUAUGUAAUUGAGAUAGUGGUUUAUACUUUAUUCGGCUCCGGGGAACAACAGGCCUGGAAUGAUGUGGAAGAAAAUAAACCGGAUGAAAAACCGCUUCAUGAUGAACAAAAAACCCAAGUUUAAUCUUAUAAUUUAUAUUUGAGAAUUGUUUGAUUUCGAUAUAUAACUAACUAAGAUUUUGCUUAAUGAAACUUUCGCGAGUAUUCAUUUAAACGAAACUAAUGUUUUACGGAUUGUACUACGCGUAUUUAAUAUCUCGUCUGCCCGUGAUCACGGUCGCUGCGAAGUGAUCGAAACGUCGGGAGUAUGUAGUUUUUAAAAUAAUAAAAUACGCGUAGUAAUCCGAAAAAAAAAAAUAGUUACAUUUAAGAUUUUACUCUUUGAGGCUUACAAUAAA